AAGUACAAUUAUUAGAAAGAAGAUAAGUAGAAAAACCAAAGCCAUAGAGAAAGAAGAAGAGAAGAGAGACAACGAUGGGAACACCAGAGACUUCAAGAGAACCCUGCCCUGAUCGAAUUCUCGACGACAUAGGCGGUGCUUUCGGCAUGGGUGCCGUAGGUGGCUCCGCCUUCCACUUCCUUAAAGGCCUCUACAAUUCUCCCAAAGGCUCCCGCUUCGUCGGCGCUUCCCAAGCCGUUCGUCUCAACGCUCCCCGAGUCGGCGGUAGUUUCGCCGUCUGGGGUGGUCUCUUCUCCUCCUUCGACUGCACCAUGGUCUACCUCCGCCAAAAAGAAGACCCUUGGAACUCUAUCUUCGCCGGCGCUGCUACCGGUGGUUUUCUCUCCAUGCGGCAAGGUUUGGUCGCUUCCGGGAGGUCUGCUGCGUUUGGUGGGGUUCUCUUAGCGCUUAUUGAGGGGGCGGGGAUUAUGCUUAACAAGGUUCUUAGUGGGCAGCAGCCGGGGCCUGCUGUCAUGGAGGAGCCAAUCUCCGGGCAGCCCAAUGGUAUUUUUCCGGGGAAACAGGUUCCGCCUCCGGUUGAUUCGGAAGCUAAACAGUGGUUUGGUGGUGGAUUGUUUGGUGAAGAUAAGAAAAAAGAUGAAGCUGUUUCUGGUGGAGGAAGUGAGACCAAGGUUUUGGAGAGUUUUGAUGCUCCUCCAGUCCCCAAUUUUGAUUACAAGUGAAAUUUGGAUCUGAUUAUUAUGAAUUAUGAAUCAAAUAUUGAAUAUCUGAUUACAAAGGUUUUAGUUUUAUUGAACCUUUUCUACUAUAUAUUGUCACGUAUAGUUUUGUUUAGUCUGGUUUAUUGUCAGGUUAUUUAUGCAAGAGUGUUUUAUAUAAUCUUAUGAUAUCUAUGUAAGAGAAUAAGAGGCAGUGUUGACGAAACUGAAUAAUUGUUCAAUGGAUUAUGUAGAUAUGUGUGGUGUGGUGGUGUUCUUUUAUGGGAACUGGAAAUACAAUGAAGUAGUAAUCAAAUUUGAAUUCAAA